UGUCUCUCUCCGUCGGGCAGUGAGAUGAAGCAGGAGCUGGCGGAGGAAGGCAGCAGAUGCUCCAUCCUCUCCAAGCAGCACCGCUUCAACGAGCACUGCUGUAUCCGCUGCUGCUCUCCCUUCACCUUCCUGAUCAACCCCAAGCGCCCGUGUCUGGACUGCCAGUACAACGUCUGCAAGACCUGCCGCACCUACAGCAAGCGGGAGAAAGCCUGGCUCUGCACCGCCUGCCAGAAGACCAGGAUAUUGAGGACCCAGUCUCUAGAAUGGUACUAUAACAACGUGAAGAGCCGCUUCAAGAGGUUCGGCAGUGCCAAGGUUCUGAAGACGCUCUACAGGAAUCACAUAGUGGAGAGAGGAGGCAUCUCUGAUCUACCAGAAAGCAGUGUUCACGACGGAAGCAAUGACAACGAUGGCAGCGUCUGUGGCAGUGACUCCACCUUCUACAGGCAGAGUGAAGGACACAGCAUGGCAGAGACCCUCACUGUUGCCCUGCGCGUUGCUGAGGAGGCCAUAGAGGAAGCCAUCGCCAAGGCAGAGGAGUUUAGUGACAGCUUGGAGAAGCAGAAUGAGGCUCGCUACCUACGGGACCACAAAGAAGAGCUUAUAGAGGAACUCGCCACAACCAUCGUACAAAAAAUCAUCCAGAGGAGGAAGCAUUCCGAGAUGCAGACGGAGUAUGACUUUGUGUGGCCACAGAGCCAGGGCCAGCCCCAGGGCAGUGAGCUGUCCUCCCCCAGCCUGCCCCCUCACAGCACCCUGGCCCAGGCCAACCGGACCCACCUCAAGAGCUCCUACUCCCUCUGGAGGUCGCAGUCGGCAUUCUCCCUGACCAGUGAUGACUCUCCAGCGAAGGUCACUGAGGCACUAGUGGUGGCGGGGGCAGGGGAAGGGGGCGGGGUACAGGACUACACCUCUCUGAAGAAGGACACUGCCAGGGCCUCCUCACUGCCCAGCUGGAAGAGUGUGGACCGCCUGGACAACUCCAGCGCGUCCUCGGUUUUGCAGAGCCCUGACGGUAACUGGAUCGCUCUGCAGAGCUCUCAGCACUCCCGUCCCAGCCUACUGACCAAGAGAAAGUCGCUGGUGUUCAGCGUCCUGGAGAAAGAGUCUGGCGUGGUCUCAGCCUAUGACGAGAUGGGCUCUGAAUCCGAUCAGGAGAAUGACGAGGGGGGCUGGGGGACCGCGCUCCGCCAGUUUCGACGGAAACUCUCAGACGAGACGUACUACACGGACUCCCAACACGACCCGGAGUGGACGUACACCCCGGUCCAGCUCUCGGUCACCUCGCCCUCCUCGGGCCAGUACACCAACACUGAGACCCUCAACUCGGACUCAGAGUCCACCUCGGUACCUUCCGCCCGCCCCCGCAAACCCCUCCAGAACUUGAUGGGAAAAAAAGGCCCUAACUCGGACCCGCAUCUUCAUCCCCAGCAAGCUCAGUACCACCAUCAUCAACACCAGAACCUCCCUUCGUACCCGCUCCACCCGGAGGCGCUGGAUGUGAACUUUAACCCCAAGUUGACGGGGGAUAGUAGCGAGGCGGAGGACAGCAGGCAGAGCGACCAGGUCAGGAGGUCGCGGAGACGCAGGAAGAGCAAGAGGGAACCGGCGGGGAACCAGGCCCACACACAGCCCCUCUACGCACAAUCUGUACAGGAGAACAGUUUCCUGCUGAAUGCCCUGUUGAAGAGGGGCAUGAGUGAGGAGAUGGCCGCCCCUGAUGUGGUGCCCAUCCCUAAAGCCUCCUCUGAGGUCAUGACCCCCGAGCCCAAGGACCAGGACACUAUGGCCCCUAACUCUGCGGCCCCCAACCCCCUUAACCCCAUGGCCCCUGGCCCACUGUCCCCCAGCAGCACUGGGCCCGGCUCUGGAGACACACUGGAGCAGGAGCUCCGCUCCAAACUGAGCCAGCUGGUUGGACGAGCCGACAGCAAAGAAGUAGUGAGCUCGUCCGAGGACGAGCCAAUCCAAAGUCCUGGAGGGAGAGACAGAGAAAGUGACAGACUGAAAGAGAAGUUGAGGCAGAAUGAGAGAGAACGAGAUCGGCAGAGACAGAGUGAGAGACCGAGAGACAGACCGAGCAGUAAAAGUCAGGAUAGGACGAAGAGAGAGACAAUCGAGUCAGUGAAAGGGCUGGAACUGAAAAAGAGAGAGCGACUAACGGAAAGGCCGACGUUAAGAGAGGAGGAGAGAGUGAAGGAGAGGAGGUUGGAGAGAGGAGGAAAUAGUUUGGAAGAGAAAGUAGAUGACAGAGAAGAGAAGACAGUGGAGAAGAACAGGCAAAGUAAGAGACCACAGAGAAAAGAGGUGGACAGAAAGACCGAGAAAAAGGGGGAACAAGUGGAAGACCAAAAAGAAAAGAUCAGAUCCACGCCCACCUCACCUUCUAUUUCCCCAUCUGUCCAGGAGGGGGUGCUGUGUGACGGACAGAAGUACUCGGCUGCAUCUCUGUGCAGUAUCACCACAGAGGUCCUGAAGGUGCUCAACGCCACCGAGGAGCUGAUUGGUGAGGCGGGGGGCGAUAGCGUCACCCCCUCAGAGUGCAUGAGCGCGUCUGAAUCCUUCUCCAGCUGCUUAGAGACCAGGAAGCUGGAGCAGAAACUCACCAAGAUGGAGGAAAACGUGUACCUGGCUGCGGGGGUGGUGUACGGCCUAGAGGGGGCACUGGGGGACCUGGAGGAGGUGGCCCGGGGCAUCAGCAGUGGCACCUCAGACAGAGAGCUGGCCUUCCUGGAGGACCAGCUGGCCACUGCCGCGACCCAGGUGCAGCAGUCUGAGCUCCAGAUAUCAGACAUCGAGGUGAGGAUAUUAUCUUUAAAAACAGCUGGACUGAACGUCACCGCCUGCAAUCGUUUCUCCAAAUUCCCCACGCCAAAACCUAAGCCUCAAACCCUCGACACAUCACGCCAACAGAGGAGAAAGCUACCUGCCCCUCCAGUCAAAGAUAAGGAGUCUGAGCAGCAGGUGAGAGCACUUCAGCCGUAGUGACAGACAGACAGCACAAAAAGUCCCUCAAGGGCCCCGCAGGACCCGUGGACCCACGUGGGGCCUCUCAACUCCAGUGCCUUGAUCCAGCGUCCGCCUCGGGCUACGCAGGGGCUAACACCUGCCCUGUGCACCCCACCCAGCACUCUCCUCAGCCAGGCACGGCCCCAUCCUGUCACCCCCCUAAAAACGACCCCUUACCCUGCCUCCCCAGCCCAGGAUUGACCCAACUCCUGUCCCAUCCUACUCCAUCCGCCCCCCUGGGCCUCACUCAUUGUAACCACGACGCCACAUCCUGGUGGGUUGAUAGACGGCCUGUCUCUGCCUUAAAAUCAGCAUACGAACACUCCUCACCGAGACAACUCACUGUCCUACUGUCAAAAGAAAACGUAACUUCAAAGUCGUUGUAGUACAGAAAAGAAAAAACCACUGUCAGUCUUUUUUCUAACUGUUUGCAAGAGUAUUGUAGGUGUUUGAACUAACGUACAAUGAAGAUGUGAAAACUUAUGUGGUACAUGUCCCUAAAGAGGCUCAACUACUACUGUUUUCAUUUUGCUCAUCGAUGAAAUGUCAUGAAUUGCAGAGCACCUGCAGAACCUGUUCAAUGUUGUCAUUUUAUUAUUAUUUCUGUGUAAAGACUCAGAAGUAAUAAUUUCCUUGAAACUAGAAAAUAACAAUCCUCAUUCACUAAGAUAUGGUCUGAUGUUUUUCAGAUUUUAGAGAAGAGGGUUACUUGAAAAAACAUCUGGUGUCCUCUCCUGUUCCUUAAGAAUUGACAUUAAGAUAACAAGUGAACACACCUCAACCUUUUGAAGGAGGUGAUUUUGUGAUUACCUAAUUACUCUUGUGCUAAGUUACCAUAUUUUGAGAAAGUUUUGCUAUAUUGCUAGUAAUGUAAUGCAACAUUUACAUUGAAUUGCAUUUACAAAUAAUGAAGCAUUUAUCACACAAAUAGGCUACCUAUCUGUAAAACAUUUAUGAACCCAAAGAAUCCAUGAAUUGACGAAAUGAACACGUGUUUCUUACCAAACAAAAGCACCUGUCUAUGAAAUUGUCACCAUUCUAAGUCAUUAGUUGUUGUUAUUUUUAUGUUUCAUUUGUUUCAGCUUUGUGGCCUUUAUUUGGCAUAGAUCCUGAUUUCUCUCCUGUGCUGUAUGGCUCCAGUAAUGAGUUGUACAUUUGUGUUAAAUAUCUUGUAAAGAUUUAUGCAUAAUGAAGUCUACUGGGCUGUAUGACAAAAUGCCAUGAAGACCAUGAUGUUAUUACAAGCAAUUCAAUUUUUGACUUUUCAAGGUUGUUAUUAUUUUCCCUAGAACAAAGUGGGCGGAAAAUGGUGUAGGUUGUAUUCUCCCCCUCUGAAAGAUGUUCUCAUCAGUUAUGUCUGAAAGCGUGUCAUGUUUCCUCCUUCAAAGUGCUUUACAUGUAUGGCUGCAUUAAUUGUCUAGAAAUGUGUGAUUUUAAAGGUGAUAAUGGUAUUCAUAUUCAUGAUAAAAUGGGAGAUGCUUUAAAUAGCAGUUGAUGCAGUGUGUGGCAUUACUCCAAAGACCAGGGUGAGAGUCUUGAGGGCUAGGCCUGUUUUUAUCAAGCAUCUCAUUGAAGGAUCAGGUCUUCCCUGUCCAUGUAACUGUAUUCAUUGUGAUCUACAACGAAAAACUGAUCAGAGAUCAGCACUUCUAUUCUGAGGUGCUUAUAAAUACAGGCCCUGCUCUUUAUAAUGAGUAAGUCAGAUAGUAUUAAUAUAGAGGAUAUGAAAUACAAGGCUUAGUAGGAUUCUGUUCCUAUCUACUGCUCGGUAAUUACAGGUAAAAUAGCAUGACGUUUGCUCUGGUCCGUGGUGUUAUGUACGGCCUGAGCCUUUUUCAAGCCGCACAUAACGCCCUGGACCAGAACUAGUAUAAAGUGUCAUCUAGUUGUUCUUUGAUAACAUGGGUUAUUCCCAUACAUAUGGACUGCUGGCACUUGUAUUGGAUUCAAUUAGAUUCUAUUGGAUUCAAUUAGAUUCUAUUGGAUUCAAUUAGAUUCUAUUUGAUUCAAUUAGAUUCAAUUAGAUUCUGUUGGAUUCAAUUAGAUUCUAUUUGAACACUGUCCACUGGUGAGUCCAUCUAUUCAUCCCAUGAUCACAUUUUGCAGGUUUUGCAGAUCGUUCCUGUAUGUUGUCGUUGUUCCUGGAAGUGUGUUGUUGUGUGUGUCUAAACGCAUGUUAAAUAGAUGUACAAAAUUCUCAUGAGAAGCACAGCCACGGGGUUCAUUAUUAUCAAUGUCCUGUAUUUUUCUAUUGUAAAAAAAAAUAUUUGAUCUCACCUCAGAAUUUGUUUAUGUAUAUAUGUAAAAAAUGGAUAUGACUUAUAAGAUAUAAUUGCCCAAUCAUAAACUUGAUCCUUCUGUGUUGUCUGUGAGAGACUGUGCAACCUAGCUGCCAUCACGACUGAAUGACUGUAGUGGAGUUCACUACGCACAGCUCUGAUGGACUAUUCACUCAUAUGUGCAAUCGUUUGUUGCAAUCCAUAUCGUGUGUUGGGGAAAAAUAUUAAGAAGCAAAAAAUAGAUUCUCUGUGCCAAAUUGCUCUGAAUGAGAAAAAGUGUAAUACUAAAUGAAUAAAAGUUUGCAUA